AUGGCGGACUUGCCACGAUGGCGGAUGACAUGUUAUUAUGGUUACCCUGAGCGGAGUAGGCGAAGGGAAGCGUGGGACUUUCUCCGGUCCUUGGCUGAUAGGUCUGCUUUGCCAUGGGUGGUCAUUGGGGAUUUCAAUGAUCUCCAAUAUCAACACGAAAAGAGGGGUGGUAAUCCGCAUCCGAACAGUCUCCUUCGCGGUUUUGGGGAGGCUAUGGAAGACUGUGAGUUGAUUCAACUACCUUUGCGAGGCUAUCAAUAUACAUGGGAGAGAGGGAAGGGCUCGGAGGAGUGGAUGGAGGAGAAAUUGGAUAAGGUGUUUGCUACUUCUGGAUGGUGUGGUCAGUUGGAGGAUGCCUGUGUGGAGAAUAUCUUGACCCGUACUUCUGACCAUUCGGCCCUCUUCUUAAGUCCUCUAGGUGAAGGGGGUCGGGGUGGUGGGAGGCGCAAGGGGUUCAAGUUUGAGAUGGCAUGGCUCCUGGAUGAGGGGUGCAUGGAGGUGGUGCAGUCCGCUUGGCAGGAGGGUAGGCCGAAAGGUCUGCUUGACUGUGUGCAGUUCUGCGCUGCUUUGGCUGAGUUUCGUCGGGUUGAGGAUCAGUUAGGCCGUCUUGAGGCACAGGAGGAUGUUUUCUGGAGACAGCGGGCCAAGCAACACUGGCUAAAAGGGGCCGACGCAAACACUAAAUUCUACCACAGGUAUGCUUCUGCCCGUAGGAAAAAGAAUCAUUUACAUAGGCUCAAAAAUGAUGCUGGGGUGUGGGUGGAGGGUGAUGCUAUGAAAUCUGUUGUGCUAGAUUACUUUGAAAACAUUUUCAAGUCUUCUGGCUCCUCUAUGCUGGAAUCUUUUUUCACCUCUGUAAACCCACGUGUAACACAAGCUGACAAUGAACAUCUGUUGUGUCCUUUUGAACAUGAGGAAGUUAAAGCCGCUCUUUUUGCAAUGUUUCCUGAUAAGGCUCCGGGUCCGGAUGGGAUGAACCCGGGGUUCUACAAGCACUACUGGGAUGUCGUGGGUGUUGAUGUGUCUCAGUUUGUGAUUGAUUGUUUGAAUACUUGCACUUUUCCGAUUGGGCUAAAUGAUACGAAUGUAGUGUUGAUUCCUAAGAAAUGUGUACCUGAGUCUGUGGCUGAUUUAAGGCCGAUAGCUUUGUGCAAUGUGAUUUAUAAGAUUAUGGCGAAGGUACUGGCUAACAGAAUGAAACACCUUUUGGGGGACCUCAUAUCGGAAUCCCAGAGUGCUUUCAUUCCAAACAGACUCAUAACUGAUAAUAUUCUGGUUGCUGCGGAGGUGGGACAUUUUUUCCACAGAAAGCAGAGUGGUUUGGUAGGAUGGGGUGCCCUAAAGUUGGAUAUGGCAAAGGCAUAUGACAGGAUGGAGUGGCCUUUCUUGCGAGGUAUGUUGUCUGCUUUGGGUUUUUCUGACCGCUGGGUUAAUUUGAUUAUGCUAUGUGUCACCACGGUGUCAUAUAGCUUUUUGGUUAAUGGUGUUCCUAAUGGCCAUGUUGUCCCCACUAGAGGGCUAAGGCAAGGUGACCCGCUUUCUCCAUAUUUAUUCAUAAUUUGUGCGGAGGGGCUUUCUUUGUUGCUGCAACAGGCUCAGGCUGCUGGUACUAUCCAUGGUUGUAGGGUGGCUAGAGGGGCUCCCCCAGUUUCCCAUCUAUUAUUUGCUGAUGACAGUCUGCUGUUCUUUAAGGCCAAUGCCCAGGAGGCAAGAGCUGUUAAACAGUGUUUGAAUAGAUAUGAGGAAAUGUCUGGCCAAGUUGUUAACUACCAUAAAUCUAGUGUCUGUUUUAGCAUAAAUACUAUGGUGGAGCAUAGGGAGGAGGUGGUGGCAAUUUUGGGAGUGGCUCAGACAGCAAACUUUGGUAAAUAUCUGGGUCUUCCUACUUUUGUUGGGAGAAAUAGAAAGGCUGCUUUUGCUUAUAUCGAGGAUAAAAUCAGGCAACGGGUUAAUUCGUGGAACAAGAAACUCUUAUCACAAGCAAGGAAGGAAGUGCUGUUGAAAAGUGUGGCACAAGCUAUGCCCACUUUCUCAAUGAGUGUUUUCCUGCUGCCUGAGUCGGGAAUAGGGAGAGAUAGGGGGAUACAUUGGAAAGCGUGGGACCAGUUAUGUGUACCAAGGAAAUUUGGUGGCUUGGGGUUCAAGGAUCUCAGGGCUUUCAAUCUGACUAUGCUAGGCAAGCAGGAAUGGCGGUUCCUCACUAUGCCCCAAUCCCUCGUUGCCCGGGUUUAUAAGGCGCGAUAUUUCCCCACGACUUCUUUUUUGGAUGCAACCAUUGGCAACAAUCCUAGUUAUUGUUGGCGAAGUAUCAUGGCAGCCCAUACUCUAAUUUGUAGUGGUGUGCGGAGGAGAAUUGGAAAUGGACGUUCAACUCAAAUUUGGGGACAUCCAUGGUUACCUGAUGGUCCGGAUCCGAUGGUGGCUACUCCCAUGCCUGUGUAUCUUAUUGGCUCCCUAGUCUCGGGCCUAAUUGAUGAAGCUAGCGGUAUGUGGGACUUGUCUGUUCUGGACGAUAUUUUCGUCCCUGGUGAUGUCUCACGCAUUGUUAAAAUUCCAAUUUCGCCAACUUACGAAGAUUCUUGGUAUUGGUAUGGGGACCCCAAAGGCAUUUACACUGUUAAGAUGGGUUACAGGGCCAUUGUUGGUGAUUUUAAUGGUUCAACGGGAGCCUUUAAUCAAUGGGUCUCUCUUUGGAAAAUUAAAGUCCCCCCCAAGUGGAAGACAUUUCUUUGGAGAGCCUUGAGUGACAUUCUUCCUGUUACCACCAACUUGCUUUUAAAGAGGGUGGAGGUUGAUCCUACAUGUCCAAUGUGUGGGCAAGGUCAUGAGGAUGUUAUGCAUGCUUUAGUUAUGUGUGAUUAUUCUCAACUUGUUUGGCAUGUGGCAUCUUUACCUACCUUGUCUAUAGUUGGGGAUUCUUUUUGUAUGUGGUUCUCUGAUGUGUUGAACUCAUUGACCGAACAGGAGAUUGGUUUUGUUAUGGCAGUGCUUUACUACAUUUGGUGGGCCCGGAAUUCGGCAGUUUGGGAUGGUGCACUGCCGCUACCUCGCAAAGUUGUAUCAAUGGUGUCAGCUUCUCUUCAUGCAUGGCGGAACACCCACGCUCAAACCAUGGCAGGUUCCGACCACGCUGGAGGCGCUACGCACACUCAGCCGCAACGCCCUACUUGCUUCUUCGACGCCAGCCUGCACCCAGACACCUGCAAGGCCUCUUUCGGUGCGGUUCUUUUCUCGGCACAGGGCGAAUUUACAGCUGCAUGUUCAGGGCCUCUUCCGGACUGCUUUUCUCCAUUAAUGGCGGAGGCAGCGGCUUGUAAGGCGGCGCUAACAUGGAUUCGUGAGAGGGGGUUAAUGGACGUCACGAUCCUCACGGACUGUGCGCAGCUCAACACAAUGCUACAUUCUGCUACUGUUUCAUUCUCUUACGUGGGGCUUAUGCUAGAUGCAUGCAAAGCGACCAUAUCGACGUUUAAUAGCUGCUUUAUUUCUUUCAUUCCACGUUCAUAA